AUGCCGAGUGUUGAAUGGGAUGUGGCAGACGAGCGGCGGGUGGGCAGAAUCGACCGGGACGACGCCGUCGAGGCCAUGCUCCGGUACGCCGACGCCGGCCUCUCUACCUUCGACAUGGCCGACCACUAUGGACCUGCCGAAGAUCUUUAUGGCAUCUUCAUUAAUCGAGUCCGUCGCGAGCGUCCACCAGAGUUAUUGGAGUCUGUCAAAGGUCUUACCAAAUGGGUGCCACCACCGGUUAAGAUGACAAGUAGUUAUGUCCGUGAGAGCGUCAAUGUCUCACGAAAGAGAAUGGAUGUUGAAGCCUUGGACAUGCUUCAGUUCCACUGGUGGGAUUACUCUAAUACCGGCUAUAUUGAUGCUCUGAAACACCUUACAGAUCUCAAAGAAGAAGGUAAGAUCAAGACUGUUGCUUUGACUAACUUCGAUACGGAGAGGUUGCAUAUAAUCUUGGAGAAUGGGAUUCCAGUUGUUAGUAAUCAGGUGCAACAUUCCCUUGUUGACAUGCGUCCACAACAGAAAAUGGCGGAACUGUGUCAGCUUACAGGAGUAAAACUUAUAACGUAUGGAACGGUAAUGGGUGGAUUAUUAUCGGAGAAGUUCCUUGACACCAACUUAUCUAUUCCUUUUGCUGGUCCUCCUUUAAACACUCCUUCCCUUCAGAAGUACAAAAGGAUGGUUGAUGCUUGGGGAGGAUGGAGUCUAUUCCAAACUUUGCUUCAAACCCUUAAAAAAGUAGCUACCAAACAUGGAGUUUCUAUUCCUACGGUUGCCGUGAAAUACAUUCUGGACCAGCCAGCAGUGGCAGGAUCGAUGGUGGGCGUUAGGCUUGGCCUGUCGGAACACAUUAAAGACGCAAAUGCAGUGUUUUCACUUGUUCUCGACGAGGAAGAUGUAAACAGCAUACGAGAAGUACAGAAGAAAGGGAAAGAUCUGAUGAGAAUAAUUGGGGACUGUGGAGAUGAAUACAGACGUGCGUGAGUCCCUCUGUUGCAUAGGUUUUUUCCAUUCCUUAUUUGUUUGUAAACCGAAAAGCAUCUAUCAGUAACAAGACUGUAAAUUUAUCGCAAAAUUUAUGCGGACGAACUGAAUUUCUACUCAGAGCAAAGGGGUUGUUAGUCAACGACUCAGCAUUAUAUAGACGUUAGCCAAAGCCUUCAGUGUGUAAUCUUUUCCAAACAUAAUUAUAUACGACAUUUUUUGUAAUUUCAGUUCCAAGCAUACAUGAGAUAUCAAAUAUUUCAUUCAUGUUAAAAA